UGCUGAAACAGAUGCAGUUUCCACAUCUGCUUACUCAUCACCAGCCAAAAGCUUGGGAGACCCUGGAAUCACUCCACUGUCUCCAUCACAUAUUGUGAAGGACUCUGAUGCAGAUGAUGCUGUAGAACAGUUAUUUCUUGUUGUUGUGGCUAUUGAUUUUGGCACAACAUCCAGUGGCUACGCCUACAGCUUCACCAAGGAACCAGAAUGUAUUCAUGUAAUGAGGCGAUGGGAAGGUGGAGAUCCAGGCGUAUCCAAUCAGAAGACACCAACCACUAUCCUCCUAACACCAGAGAGGAAGUUUCAUAGCUUUGGGUAUGCAGCAAGAGAUUUCUACCAUGACUUGGAUCCCACUGAAUCAAAGCACUGGUUGUAUUUUGAAAAGUUUAAGAUGAAGCUACACACCACUGGUAAUCUUACAAUGGAGACAGACCUGACAGCUGCAAAUGGCAAAAAAGUCAAAGCACUUGAGAUAUUUGCUUAUGCUCUGCAAUACUUUAAGGAACAGGCAUUAAAGGAGCUUAGUGACCAAGGAGGCUCAGAUUUUGAAAACACUGAAGUAAGAUGGGUCAUUACAGUGCCUGCUAUUUGGAAGCAGCCUGCAAAGCAGUUUAUGAGACAAGCUGCCUACAAGGCAGGAAUGGCAUCUCCUGAAAAUCCUGAGCAGUUGAUCAUUGCCCUGGAACCUGAGGCUGCCUCUAUCUACUGCCGAAAGCUCCGCCUGCACCAGAUGAUAGACCUGAGUAGCAGGGCGCCUGUCAAUGGUUACAGCCCAAGUGACACUAUUGGAACUGGAUUUACACAGGCGAAGGAACACAUCCGCCGCAAUCGACAGAGCCGGACCUUCAUGGUGGAAAAUGUCAUAGGAGAGAUCUGGUCUGAACUGGAGGAAGGUGACCGUUACAUCGUUGUUGACAGUGGAGGAGGCACAGUGGAUAUAACUGUCCAUCAGAUCAGGCUCCCUGAAGGACAUCUUAAGGAGUUAUACAAGGCAACAGGUGGCCCGUAUGGUUCUCUAGGCGUGGACUAUGAAUUUGAAAAGCUCCUGUGUAAAAUAUUUGGAGAAGAUUUUAUUGAGCAAUUUAAAAUCAAGCGUCCUGCUGCCUGGGUCGAUCUGAUGAUAGCGUUUGAGUCCCGUAAACGGGCAGCAGCUCCAGACAGGACCAAUCCACUAAACAUCACUCUGCCUUUCUCCUUCAUUGACUAUUACAAGAAGUUUCGAGGUCACAGUGUAGAACAUGCCUUGAGGAAAAGCAAUGUGGACUUUGUGAAGUGGUCUUCCCAGGGAAUGCUGAGGAUGAGCCCAGAUGCAAUGAAUGCUCUUUUCAAACCUACAAUUGACCAGAUUGUUCAGCACCUUAGUGAUGUGUUUGAAAAGCCAGAAGUGACCAAUGUCAAGUUCCUGUUCCUGGUGGGUGGCUUCGCUGAAUCGCCCUUACUGCAACAAGCUGUCCAGAGCGCUUUUGGUUCGAGAUGUCGAGUCAUCAUUCCUCAGGAUGUGGGGCUCACUAUCCUCAAAGGAGCUGUUCUCUUUGGCCUAGACCCUGCUGUCAUCAAAGUGCGGCGUUCACCUCUCACCUACGGAGUGGGUGUGCUCAACCGCUUCGUGGAAGGGAAGCAUCCACCAGAGAAGCUUCUAGUCAAAGAUGGCACACGCUGGUGCACUGAUGUCUUUGACAAGUUUAUCUCAGCCGACCAAUCUGUAGCCCUUGGAGAAACUGUGACACGCAGUUACACGCCUGCCAAACCUUCCCAGUUAGUAAUAGUGAUCAAUAUCUAUAGCUCAGAACAAGAUAAUGUUGGCUUCAUCACCGAAUCUGGAGUGAAAAAGUGUGGCACCCUUCGCUUGGAUCUCACGGGAACUGAUGCUUCAGUGCCAAACCGGCGGGAGAUCAAAACACUUAUGCAGUUUGGGGACACUGAAAUCAAAGCCAUGGCCAUUGAUGUUGCCACCUCUAAAAGUGUCAAAGUUGGUAUUGAUUUCUUAAACUACUAACAGCCCAUUUUCCCC